CCGACCCCUCCACCCCCUCCACCCCCUCCACCAGCCUCACCAAUCACCCCCAUCAAUACAGUGGCCCAAAAUUGUGGCGUGGGCCAGCCCAAUGAUUCUCCGGCACGCCAGUAAUUGCUUGAACAAUGCCAAAGAUUAUUCCGUCGACCCAAGGGUCCGAUCGCAGUCCCGCUAGUCAAGCCUUUCAAACUCUAUCCCAUAAUCCAGUGUCAUUCAUUUACUCAGACAUGAUUCGCUGGUGGGUCAAACGAGGAGCUCAUCUCGUCUCUAUUCAAUCCCCUUUGCCCGCCCGACAAGUGCUUGCACAACACUCUCAUCAAGGCCCUCCUCAGCCUGGCCUAGCUGAAUUGGAGCGCGCCAAGGUUAAGUUCAUGUCAUUUCAUUCACCAACCGAGCCGUCUGAAAAGAUUUGGUCUCAAGUCGUGCACUUGACCCAAGAUGAGAAUUCAGUCAUGAAACUAUGGUGGAUUGAUGUAGCCAUGACAAAUCCUCUUUUAUUCAAGCUAUCCGCCCAAAAGCUCCAGGCGAUUUCGGAUAUUUUUCUCAGACUGGGCGCUACUCCUCGAGAGGCGUGCCUGAUCUUGAAAAGGUGUCCAAAAAGUGUAAUCCUGGAUGCGACGACGUUUGAACACAAGUGCUUGGAAUGGCAAUCUUUUUGUGAUCAGCUCAGACUUCCAUGGGUCGAUGUAUUGACCGAAAUACCCGUUGUGUUGGGAUUAUCAACAGACACCUGGCGCGAUCGGAUCGCGGACCUGCGUGAACAUUUCUCGAAUUCUUUGAGUACCUUGAUCGUAGAAAGUCCCUGCGUAUUGGUGGAGGACUGGGGAUCGCUCAGUGAAAAAAUUGAAUUUCUUCUUUUUACAAUGCAAGUGAGCCCCGCUUCAAUCAGCAAGUCCGGAGCCCUGGGUCAUGACUGCGAGAUGCUUCGGUCACGCUAUCUCUUCUUGGAUCGCUCAGGCAUCUACAAACAUCCUAGUGCCAAAAGCUUAGAGUUAGAGGACACCGCCAAACCUAAUAUCAACUUGAUUGUCAUCCCGAGUGUGCCGAAGUUCUUGGCUAAAUGUACGCAAGGUUGUCUCAGCGUUGAAGAAUACAACACUUUCCUUUCGCUGUUGGCGCAAGAAGACAUGGAAAGCCGUGACGCGGAGGAACAACUGAAAACGGGUUUGAGAGAAUACGAAUCGGAAGAUGAAGAUGAAAGUCACUAAGUUUGACUCAAAGAAACAAACAAUGGUAUUUUCAUUGGCAUGAGACCCUGAAUUUGAAAGAGAAGGCAAUGAAAUCACUUGA